CCUCUGAUUUUUUUUUUUAAAGGAAGAAAAAGCAAUUAAGACCUAGACUUUAGAAAACGAUUCGUGGCUAUAGAUUAUUAUAGAUUAUUAUAGAUUAUUAACAGAUUAUUAGGAAACCUGAGUGAGGAAAAAAAAUAGUUUUAGUACUUCGAUGAUUGUUAGGAAAAGGAGAAAAAGUAUUUAUGUCAUUUUGAGCUUUUUUUUUUUAAUUAUUAUUAUUAUUUUGAAUUUGAAACACAUAUUUUUUUCUUUUCAGCACACGUAUUGACAGUGUCUUUUUUUUUUUUUUGCGCGCGCCGUGCCAAGAAUCCACGCGUAAAGCUCCAAGUCCUUGCGUCAAUCAGAUCAUUAUUUUCGGGAAUCGACGCGUUUCGCACAUGGACAUGGACGCGCACGACGGAUCCUCCGCGUCUUCCGUGCCCGCACUUUCCCCGACACUGAAAUAGGCUUGCACGAUUUGGAAUUUUUUUUUUUUUUUAACCAAAUAACCAAACAAGGUCGCCAAAGUGUAGAACACCCCCCCCACCACCACCACCACCACCCCCCAAGCGCGUUUGCGAGUCGAUUCUCUGCGAUGUUCUUGCGCUAAAUUCUCCACCGAUCUGCCUCUUCUGCCCGAGCCGCUUCUCUGUAGGAUGUCGCGCCGCAAGCAAGCCAAGCCAAGAUCGCUCAGAGUAGAAGACAAUGUGACGGAGGAACAGCACACUCCUGGGCAGGCUGCCAUACAAAGCGAUCGCGAGUGUGCCCCCGACACGGUGUGUGAAGAUGCUGAGGACGGGCGCUUGACGAGGAGGAGGUGCUCUCCUGGGGAAGGGGACGAGGGGGAGGAGGAGGACGAGGAGCACAGCUGCCGUUCCUGCCACCAGGUUUUCGACUCAGCGAGCGAUCUUAGCCAACACAAGAUUAAUCAAUGCCAGCUGACAGAUGGGGCUGAUUUAGAAGAUGACCCAUCCUGUUCCUGGCCUGCUUCUUCACCGUCUAGUAAAGACCAAACGUCUCCAGUCCACGAUUACGAUUUUGGUGAAGAUGAAGGGGGCCCUGGCUUGCCCUACCCAUGCCAGUUCUGUGACAAAUCAUUCAGUCGUCUGAGCUUCCUUAAGCGCCACGAGCAGAGCCAUAGUGACAAACUCCCUUUUAGCUGUACCUUCUGUAGUCGUCUAUUCAAGCACAAGCGCAGCCGUGACCGGCAUAUCAAGCUCCACACUGGUGAUAAGAAGUAUCACUGCAGUGAGUGCAACUCUGCUUUCUCACGCAGUGACCACCUUAAGAUCCAUAUGAAGACACACGCCACAAACAAGCCUCAUAAAUGCCCCGUGUGCCGCAGAGGGUUCCUGUCUUCCAGCUCCCUCCUUGGACACAUGCAGGUGCAUGAAAGAGGGAAGGAAGGUCAGAGCACAGCAAUCUCUGGGGCAGAGGAGUGGAAGCUAAAGGAAGCACGCAAGUGCAGCCGCUGUGAAGAGGGCUUUGAUGUGCCCGAGGAGCUCCAGAAGCACAUUGCAGAGUGCCACCCUGAGUGCUCACCCCCAGAAGAAGGGAGUGUAGGGCCUGGUCUGCAGUGCAUCUAUUGCCAUGAGCCAUUUGGUGAUGAGGGUACUUUACUUAGCCAUAUUGAUCAGGCGCAUAGUCGAGACCAAAAGGGACAUAUGUGCACUGUAUGCUCUGAGCACUUCCCUACUGUGGAGGAGUUGUAUGCACACAUGGACAUUCACCAACUCCCAGAGUCCAGCAACCACAGCAACAGUCCUUCUUUGUUGACUGUAGGAUACACAUCUGUUUCAAGCACCACUCCAGACUCAAACCUUUCUGUUGAUAGUUCAACCAUGGUAGACAGUGUUCCCACUAUGCCCAAGACUCGUGGAAGAAGAAAACGUGCUGCUCAGCACACAAAUGAUAUUUGUGGACGGCCUGCUAAACAGCCUAAAGUAGCUUACAGUUGCAUCUACUGCAACAAACAAGUAUUCUCCAGUCUUGCUGUCCUCCAGAUUCACCUAAAAACGAUGCAUGUAGAUAAACCGGAGCAGGCCCAUACUUGCCAAUUCUGUUUAGAGAUCCUCCCAUCUCUGGUCAACCUAAAUGAGCAUCUGAAACAAAUUCACAAUGCUGAAGAUCCAUCAACCAUACUUGCUAGCUUCUCUGAUGCCUUGUUACAGUGUAACUUUUGUCCAGAGAUGCUCGGCGAUCUCAAUGCCUUGCAGGAACACAUCCGUUGCUCACAUGGCUUUCCCAGCCCAGUAGCCAAGGAAAGCAAUGCCUUUUUUUGCCCCCAGUGCUUCAUGGGAUUUUUGACUGAGACUACGCUAGAGGAACAUGUACGACAGACCCACUGUGAUUCCGGAAGCUUGAGAUUUGACUCUCCACUUGCAGUCACUCCUAAAGAUCCCAUUGUGGAGGUGUAUUCUUGUUCUUAUUGCACCAACUCUCCCAUCUUCAACACCGUACUGAAGCUGAACAAGCACAUCAAGGAAAACCACAAGAACAUUCCCCUGGCUUUGAAUUAUAUCAACAACGGAAGAAGAACCCAUAGAGCCCUUAGCCCUUCAUCCUCCAUAUCUGUAGAUCAAGCCACCCUUCUGAAACAUGGCAGCACUUCAUCCCGCUCGGCAAGUGAAUUCAUCUGUAACCAGUGUGGUGCAAAGUACACAAGUCUAGAUCUUUUUCAGACUCACCUGAAGACUCACCUUGAUGGUAUGCUACCACAGCUCACCUGUCCACAAUGCAACAAAGACUUUCCCAGCCAGGAAGCACUGUUGAAGCAUGUGACAGUCCACUUUACUAUCACUUCCACAUACUACAUAUGUGAAAGUUGUGACAAGCAGUUCACAUCAGUAGAUGAUCUGCAAAAGCACCUUCUUGAUAUGCACACCUUUGUGUUCUUUCGCUGCACUCUUUGCCAAGAGGUAUUUGACUCGAAAGUCUCUACACAGCUUCAUCUAGCAGUUAAACACAGCAACGAAAAGAAAGUCUACCGCUGUACAUCUUGCAACUGGGAUUUCCGUCAUGAGACUGACCUUCAACUGCAUGUCAAGCACAGCCAUUUGGAGAACCAGGGCCGGGUUCACCGCUGCAUCUUUUGUGGUGAGUCGUUUGGCACAGAAGUUGAGCUACAGUGCCACAUUACCACACACAGCAAGAAAUAUAACUGUCGUUUCUGCAACAAGGCUUUCCAUGCUAUCAUCUUGCUGGAACGUCAUUUACGUGAGAAGCAUUGUGUGUUUGAGGGAAAGGCCCAAAACUGUGGAACCAAUGGCUCUACAAGUGCUGGUGGUGAAUCAGUUGCUAAAGAUGAUGCAGAACUGCAGGGCAUUCUCACAAACAGCCAUGGAGGACCAGGUACAGGAGAGUCUCACAACAGUCAUGAUGGAAGUGAAGAGGAUGUUGAAUCUUCAGAGGUCAUGUAUACUUGUGACAUCUGUGGGGCAUCUUAUACUAUGGAGUCUCUCCUGACCAAUCACCAGCUCCGUGAUCACAAUAUCCGACCUGGAGAGACUGCGAUGCACAAGAAGAAGGCAGAAAUAAUCAAAGGGACCCACAAAUGCAAUGUUUGCUCUAGAACAUUCUUCUCUGAAGCAGGGCUCCGGGAACAUAUGCAAACUCACCUGGGACCUGUAAAGCAUUAUAUGUGUCCCAUUUGUGGGGAACGCUUCCCCUCUCUGCUAACUUUGACAGAGCAUAAGGUUACCCAUAGUAAGAGCUUGGACACAGGCAGCUGUCGAAUUUGCAAGUUACCAUUACAGAGUGAGGAAGACUUCCUGGAGCACUGUCAAAUGCAUCCAGAUUUACGCAACUCCCUGACUGGUUUUCGCUGUGUGGUCUGCAUGCAGACCGUUACUUCAACCUUAGAGCUGAAGAUCCAUGGCACCUUCCACAUGCAGAAGACAGGAGCCAUGUCUGUCAAUCACCCUAGUGGGCGUGCCACGCUUCCUCACCACCAACAUCAUCAGAGUCAGAAGCUUUUUAAGUGUGCUUCAUGUCUUAAAGAGUUCCGCUCCAAGCAGGACAUGGUAAAGCUCGAUAUCAAUGGACUACCCUACGGUCUCUGUGCCACAUGUGUAAGUGCUAGCAAAAGCUCCAGUCCAACUAUAAAUGGCGGAAAGCAGCAACAAGCAGGGGGGCAAACACCAGCACCCUCUAACGCAGGGUGGAACCAAGGGGAAAGUUUGAGCCCCUGUGGUGUAAAAAGAAAGGGGACCACCUAUUCUACAUCAUCCUCUUCAUCAAUAUCAUCAACCGUUGCCAAGACAAGAUGUUCCAGCUGCAAUGUGAAGUUUGAGUCAGAGGUAGAGCUUCAGACACAUCUUCAAACAGUGCACAGAGAGCAGUCAGGAGAGGGAAGUGGCAGUCAGGUGAGGACCCCUCAAGGAUCCCCCAUGCCAAGAGUGAGUCCUUCCCAAAACGAUGAGAAGAAGACAUACCAGUGCAUUAAAUGUCAGAUGGUCUUCCAUAGUGAAUGGGACAUUCAGGUUCAUGUGGCAAACCAUAUGCUUGAAGAGGGGCUGAACCAUGAAUGUAAGCUGUGUAGUCAGACUUUUGACUCGCCCGCUAAGCUGCAGUGUCACCUGAUUGAGCACAGCUUCGAAGGCAUGGGAGGAACCUUCAAGUGUCCUGUCUGUUUCACAGUAUUCGUCCAGGCCAGUAAGCUCCAGCAGCAUAUUUUCUCAGCUCACGGUCAGGAAGAUAAGAUCUACGACUGCACACAGUGUCCACAGAAGUUCUUCUUUCAAACAGAGCUUCAGAAUCACACCCUGAGCCAGCACAGCAGCAGCUAACUAGGAAGAUCAACUCAAUCUAAAGAGUCUCAUCAACCACAUCCAGACUACAAUAUACCAGUCAUCGUGAUCCUUUGGUCGACUUUGCACUGAAAUUUUUUAUUUCAAAAAUUUCAGUUAAAAAAAAAAAUUUGAUGUUGCUACAUUGUUAAUCCAGUAUGUUUGUAAAUACUGUUCUUUCUGUCUUGCUGUUCGUCAGCUCUUCAUUCUUGCGGUUGCCAUUGUACAUAUUGUUUGUCAAGGAAAAACAGAAAGUAUUAAACUUUGUUUAAAAACUGUUCUGAACGGACAGAUCUUCAGCCAGAGACAUUUGACGUCAGGUGGACGAUUUUCUAACGGCUGAUACACAUCCGGUUGUCUGUGAUGCACCCUCUCGAGCCGUGGGAUGAAAUGCCUGAUCACCAGCAUGGCCUGAGCAAAACUUUUUACAAAAACUACACACCUCAGCUGAAAUAUGUGGAGUAUAUUGUAUAUCACAAAUGUUCUGAAAGAAAAAAAAAACAAUAGAAGGGAUACUUGAUAUAUGCAAAAACAAAGACAAAGUGUUAAAAGAAAUAUUGAAAGACUCUUUGGGUUGGCAGGGAUUCACAGAUGGGACCCAUUCCUCAUUCACCCUCCCUCUGGAUGAGAAACUGCUCUCCACACUUGUACAUUUCAGUUAUUAAUGUUUACCCCUCACCUGACGGCUGGAUAUGACUGGAGAUGUCCUUUCUUUGUUUUAUUUUUUUUUUGUCAGACAUCCAAUGGGGAAUAAAUGUAUCCUCUGUUUCGGGUGUAUUCUGGCUGCUAUCACUUGAUUAUAUGGUGAGGUUCUGGUCAGGAAAAAAAAAGGAAACAAAAAAAGCAAGGAAAAAAAAAACAGUAUUUCUACCCUUCGUCCACGAGUAAGCCGAGCUCAGUCAUUUCUUUCGCUAUGCUAUUGUUCUAUUCAUGCUGUGAGACAUGGUAAUCUGUACAGUAUUCUCAUGGAUCUCUGGUAUAUGCCAGUUUGGAAUUAGUCGAACCUGAAAUGCACUUUUGUAUAACACUCCAUACUUUCAUGGAUGUUCAUGUUCGAAAGGCGUUGACAAGUGACUGUCAUUUCAGCCACAAGACUUUGGGAAAUUAAACUUUUAACAAGGGUGACAACUUCUGGUGUUAAUGGGGGGAAAAAUGUUAUAUACAAAUAUUAACCGGGGUCUGAAUUUGCUAGACCUCUUUUUUGUGUUCUCAUGUGAUGAAAACAUUAAAAAAAAAACAUUAAAAUUGUAUGAAGAUAA